AUGCCCCUCCGCACGGUCAAAUCUGUCCAUUUUGCGGACAGCGACGAUAUAGUCCCCUCCCCCCCGCCGUCCUCCAAGGCUCCCACUCGACUCCCUCCUGUUCUCGGCCUCGGACUCGAGCUUGGGCCGGCCAGAGAGUCCGUCGAGAUCCGCCCGCGCAGGGAUGCCACAGUCCCUCUCCCGGAGGUCGACUGGGCGGAAGGUGGCGCAGGCGAUGGCCAAGGCGACUCCCCCCGCGGCUCUAGCACGUCCGCAGGCAGCGACGACUCCUACCCCACCAACGCGCUCGGCCUUUACGCCAGCGCUAAUGAAUACCCCAACACCCACCAGGGCCACGCCGCCUACACGCCGGGCGGGGUUGCGUAUCCCUUCGCCGACGCCGCCCAUUCUCGUUCCUUGGGCGUCCCCCGCGACGAUGCCUGGUCUUCCUCCUCCGCCUCCUCCCAGACGCCGAGCCCGCCCCCGCCCACCUCUCCUAUCCACCCCAACCUCCACACCUUCCCGUACAAGUGGGACCUCCGCAACGGGGACAGUACUACAGCUCCGAUCCUCGAUGUCGAGGCUUUCCCCAAACAAGUGACGAAGUGCGUGCUCGUCUUCCGCCCGCCCAUCCCUCCCCCCAUCUUCGGCUUCAAAGUGCGAGUCGAAGCUCCCUGGGAUGGGUACAGCCGACACGCCAUAUCCGGGACGGACAUCCUCACAGCCAUCGAGAAGAAGCUCCACGGGUCGCGUAACGCGUCAUUCAUCACGGAGACGAUGCACCCCCACUGGUACAAGGCUGCCGAGGCUGCACGUGCCUCCUGCGAGCGCGAGCCCGGGGAUGGGUGGCAGCGCGUCGACCUGUGGCCGGCCGCCCCGCACCUGUACUUCUUGGGGCUGGAGCCCGCUGGGUUCGAGGAGGACGGCACGAUGAUCUGCGUCGUCAAGCUCGGCACGGCCCCGCCGCCCAAAGCUCGCGCUCUGUGA